AUGAUGUACCUCGACAAAGAACCAAAGAGGGUUUUGCUUAAUCCUGUUAUACUAAUUGAUAUGAUCAUCAGGCUUGUCACCCAACAACGUGAAGGGAUCCCCCAGAGAAGUAACAGACAUCACUGGAACCUAUUGCAAGACAAAGGAAUGCUGACCGAAUUCCUACUAGAGAGUGUCCUCUCAAAAGUGGUACAGGAAAGUAGGGAAGAUGUGACUGCAUUCCUUGAAGAAUACGACUUGAUCUGCCCUUUGACAUACAAAAGGGUUCUUGUGAAUAGAGAACAUUUGGCCCCGACUUACUUUGUUCCCGCAUUGUUGUCAGUGUCUACAGAUGCGAACACUCAACUGUGGAGUGACAGAUCCACAGAAAAAAAGUUCUUUGUGUUUUUAAAGAAAUUCCUACCUGAGCCUUUGUUUCAUUGUCUUCUCUCUCGUGCUCAAAAGAACAGUAAAGUUGAAUUUUGGCACAGUCAACCUCUAGUUUACAGACACACUGGCAUGUUCUGGUUGAAUUCCAGGCAGCCUUACUGA